AUGGCCAAAGGGGUUGACACUUUGCAAUCCCUGUACUCGUGUUCGGGGAGGUCGUUUUCCGACGGCCCUUCUUUGAACGCAGCAAGUGGGUCUCGUCGUACUGCUCGACGAGACUCAGGACAUCAACAAUCAGCUGGGCACGAGGCUUCCAGCUGUCCCGGGCCGGUGGAUAGCCACGCCGGCGGAAAAGGUAACUCGUCCGGACGCCAUUCACGUCGCGGUGGUUCAACAUACGCUCCACCAGAAAGCGUUGACCACCGCCAGAUUCCACCAAAGGAUGUGGUGGUGGCGGGAACACCUGAUUUUGCUCGAGGGUCGGAUCGUCUUAAUGUUUGGGAGCUGAACCGUGUAUCGGAACAGUUACAAGAUUACCUGUGUCGUGAACGGACUUGGCGUAAUGAGCUUCAUGACCUUGUAAGGGAUACGUACGAUUCCCUAAUGCACGAUCGUUCGGACGAUCGUGCUGCUUUUGCAUUCGCGCAACUUGAGAACGAGCCUUUGACUCGUUCUCUUCGUGACGAGCUGGCUGCAGCUCGUCAAGACAUCGCUCAACUGCGUGAGCAGGUCGCUUCGCUAGUCGAUUCGAGUGGUGCGUUUCAACGAGCCAGUCUAGUCGACCAGACUGGCUCGUUGAAACGCACCACUCGAAGGAGGUCUCGGCUCUUGACCGCGAAGGUGUUUUUUGCCUCUCGAAACGGGCUCGUACUGAUAGUACGGUCGGAGACGUCCAACGUAAACGUAGGAUGA